AUGGCCUCUAGCAGUUGUUUCUUAUUGGUUUUCUCUAUUUUUAUCGUGCUUUCAGGCAUUGAUACAAACUUUGCAGCUCGAUAUCUUCUUGACAAGACACCAUCUCUAGCUCCAUCUGUGCUGUCCGUUUCUGCUCCACAAUCUUCACUGGCUUCGCCUGGUUCGAAAUCAAGUUUGACACCACCUGCAGACCCUCCUUUGGCCACCCCUACACCAUCUGUUUCUAGUUCCAUGCCAAGUUCAUCAGAAUCAACUAGGUCUGGACCACCCUCGGCUUCAGAUGAACCAUCUCUGACUAAUUCCAGGCCAAGCUUAACGCAACCUGCAAUGGCGCCUAAAGCUUCUAUUCCCACACCCUCUCAGCAAUCUUCAGAGAAUUCAGUCCCAGGCUCAACGGAGUCUACAGUGGCUCCAAUGGCCUCCUCUCAUCCGUCCUUAUCUAAUAAGAAGCCAAGUUUGAUGCAACCUGCAGUUUCACCUUCAGCUGAUACCCAACCAUCUUCUUCUACUAAUAAUCCAUCUCUGCCCAAUUCAACGAUCAGCUUGGCACAACCUGCUAUGGCACCCAUGGCUUCUACUAAUCUAUCUGCACCAGAUAAAGUGCCAAGCUUGACACUGCCUGCAACAUCGCCUUCUGGUACGACCCAACCAUCUUUCCCAACUAAUAGUCCAUCAUUGUCCAACUCAACGUCAGGCUUGACACAGCAUGGACUGGCACCUAAGGCUUCCUCGGAGGCAUCUUCACCUGAUAAAAUGCCAAGCUUGACAUUGCCUGCAACAUCACCUUCUGCUACCACCCAACCAUCUUUGCCUACUAAUAGUUCAUCAUUACCAAGUUUGACACAACCUGGAAUAGCACCUAUGGCUUCCUCUCAACCAUCAUUGUCAAACUCAACACCAAGCUUGCCACUGCCUGGAAUGCUUGAUACAACCUGGAAUGGCACCUAUGGCUUCCUCUCAACCAUCAUUGUCAAACUCAACACCAAGCUUGGCACCACCUGCAAUGUCACCUUCUACCACCCAACCAUCUUUGCCUACUAA